AUGUCUACUCAAGCUUCCCUGUCUUACCACGAGCCCAACGUACUGACUAUCCUUAUCCUCUCGUCCUUCCUGCUGCUCGUCAACCUUGCCAAUCACCUUCUCAACCAUUUCUUAUACUGCGGACUUGUCGGACAGAUACUCGUCGGCGUGGCGUGGGGUACGCCCGGGACGGAUUGGCUGUCGAGCGAGGCUCAGAACACAAUGAUGCAGCUAGGCUACCUUGGCCUGCUUCUUCUCGUCUACGAAGGCGGUCUCCGUACGGACGUAAAGACGCUUCGAGCCAACUUGAUGUUGUCCGCAGCCGUCGCCGCAGUCGGCAUUGGCGCCCCGGUAGGCCUAUCGUUCAUUUUGUGCGGAGUCCUCAGCAUCACGCCUCUCCAAGCCUUCGCCGCCGGCGCUGCUCUGUGCUCCACUUCGCUCGGGACGACCUUCACCAUUCUGCAGACAAGUGGGCUGUCUCAGAGUCGGCUGGGUGUGGUCUUGACGAGUGCUGCCAUGAUGGACGACGUGGUCGGCCUAGUCAUGGUGCAGGUCAUCUCGAACCUUGGCAGAUCAUCUUCUGACAUCGGUGCUGCGACUGUCAUUCGCCCAAUUGGUGUCUCUAUUGCAUUCGCAGUGCUGUUACCGGUACUGUGUGUAUACGUCGUCAAGCCACUCGCCAUCCGUGCUAGCGAUGCGGUAGGACACAGUCUGCCGGCGAAGGUGCAGCACCUUCUUGUCUCGGGGCACACCGACCUUCUACUGCAUACGGCAUUCUUGUUGGCCAUGGUGACAGGCUCAAGUUACGCUGGGACAUCAAACUUGUUCGCGGCGUAUCUCGCGGGAGCAACUGUUACCUGGCUUGACAGCUUACAGCCUGCAGUGCCCACGGAUUCGAUGGAGCUGGAAACGAUGCGAUCUCAUGGUCCUGCCAGCAAGCCCGCUCCGCAUCAUGCGGCCGAUACGGAUAUCACGCCACGAAGAAAGAACACUGCAAGUCUAGACAUGAAGUCACCGGCGAAGAUCGUCGAGCAAGUUGCUCAGACCGGGAUGAAUGUGUACCAAAGCUACUUCGCUGCAGCCGUCGAGUGCAUCCUCAUACCCUUCUUCUUUGCAAGCAUUGGCUUUUCGAUACCCAUCACGCGAAUGUUCAGCGGAGAUGUAGUGUGGCGAGGCUUGGUAUACUCAGCACUCAUGGUGUUUGGGAAACUACUGUGUGGGUUGUGCGUCAUGCACUUCGCCGUACCAGUCCUUGGCCCAAAGCGACUCAGGAACUUACUGCCCCUACUACCAUCGAGCGGUCUGCAUUGGCGUUCCUUUUUAACAAAGUCACCGCGUCAGUACAAAGCAGCGAAGUCAGGCAACAGCACAGCAUAUUCGAAGCAGGAGCGACCCAGCCCCGGCCACGUUUCAGCGCAACCGAACGGCACAAGGACCAGAUCGAAGGCUCCUUCACCGCAGACGACUGCAAGAAAGACUGCUUCAGGGGCAAGAAACGAACCGCUCAAGCCACGUUCGCUGUACCCAGCAGCCAUCCUUGGGACUGCGAUGGUAGCUCGCGGUGAGAUCGGCUUCCUGAUCAGCUCGGUUGCUGAGAGCGAAGGCAUCUAUGGCGGCGGAGAUACAGGCGGUAGCUCUGAGCUAUAUCUCGUUGUAACGUGGGCUGUCUUGAUUUGUACUGUUCUCGGUCCCAUCUGCGUCGGUCUGCUGGUCAAACGUGUGAGGCGGAUGCAGGAGGUGGAGCGGACUAAAAAGACGGGAAGGGAAGAUCCGCUUGGUCUUUGGGGCAUUAGUGGGAUGUGA